CGUAGUUAUAGCACUGUUUUUAAAAAGACAAAGAAAUAAGAGAAGAAAACAUACAAAAUGGACAAAAGAAUGGCUGAAGCAAUGUCCUGUUUUUGGAACAUGUGAUGCCCAAUUUGGAUAAAAGUUGAUCCAAACUAGCUUGCCACUCUUUUCUGUUUUUAUUGGAAGAAUAGAUAACAAGCUCUUCCUUUUCUCAUAUUCAGCAAUGAUAAGUUCUCUUUCUUCAUUUUUAUGGCCUCAUGUUUUCUUUAAUUGAAUUCAAUAAAGUCUGACUGUGUAAGAGCCGCCUCAGUUGGCAGCCAAUACAACAUUGCAAAACAUUUGAGGAUGCUCUACUCUCUAUUAGUUUUUAACUACACUCAUUUUUUUACAAGAAACAGGUUAUAAGAAACGGUAGGCUCAAUUUUUCAAAAGUUAAGAAACAAUCCUACCCAAAUUGAAAAAAACUAAGAAACUUUUAUAAUUUGCAGUUUUAAUUUUCCGAGUUGAGACUCGAAACAAUCUUUUAAUAGCAAAAUGGCCAGAAAUUUGAAGAAACUGCCUACCAGCACCGGAUCUUAGUUUCUUAUAAAAAAAUUGGUGUAAUAUGUUCCUUCCUUACGUCAACUCUAGAUCCAGACGAUUUAAAAUUCAUUUUAGUGCUCUGUUUUUGCGAUGUUGUGUUUAUAUUAAUGGAAAUAAUGGCUCAUAGACCAGUAAGCUUUGUGUUGCUAACUUCAUCAAAUUGUAUUUAAUGUUAUUUAAAAUAAUACUGAGCUGUUAAUGUUAUACUGUUCAACAGGUAUCGCCUAAAAGGCUAAAACGGCUAUAGAUAUUAGAAAUUGUUCUUCGUUGUGUGUGGCAAGAGAUUUUAUCAUCAACUUCUUUUCUUGACGAAUGUCAACGGAUCUUCAUCGGGAAAUUGUAUUCUGUCAUAAUCAUAUUUAUUAAAUGAAUCUACUUUCAAAAGCUUAUCACUAGAUGGAGUACGUGCUUGAAGGAUUUCUCUGUCUAAAUCUAAAUUCAUUAAGUUUGCUUUGUGUUUAUUCCAUUCACAAUUUAUAAGCAACACCAGGACGGCAAACACGACUAGGCCAAUCGCAGAAGCUUGAAGUUGCCAGUCACUGCUUAUGAACUUUCUGCCUUCAGAAACAAGGUAGAAAAAGUUAUCCUGCAUUUUCUGUGUCGACAUAAUAGCGUUUCUUCCACUGGUUUCUUCUAUUUUCUAACGAAUGUUUUUGGCAAGCAUUUUUGAUUGGCCUCGAUCCAACCUGUGUUUAUGAUGUUGCUGUUGCCUUGUUGUUGAACAAGUAGAGGAACCAAGCAAGGUUGCACCAAACGUGACUUGUACACUGGGUUUGUACCAUUGAAUUUCCCCAUUCGUCCAAAAAUGAAAAUUGGAGUAAUUAGAAAAAUAUAACAGUUUUCUAAUUAUCAGGUAUUUUCAUUUUUUGCCAAUCGCAUAAUCUAUUUUUACUUUUGUCGAUCGUACGUAAAGUUCGGUAACGAUGGGAAAUCCCCAUCUCCAAGCUAGUCGCCUGGUUAAACUGUAGAGUUCACAAGGUUGCCAGUUGCCUCUGGUUUUUUCCUCAGGCAGGUAAAAUGGAACCCAUGGAGGUUGACUCGGGAGAGUCUCGGCCUGGCCAAAUAAUCUUAUCUUGGGGAAGAUCUGCCUCUGGAGAAUUAGGCAUUGAUGAUAGCAGCGGAGAAAAGAAUAUCCGGGUACCAACAGUUGUGACUGCAUUUCAAAGGGAACGUGCUCGGGCUCCCGUCAUAGAUAUCGCUUGUGGAAAACAACAUACAGUCAUUUUGCUGGAAGACGGUCAAGUUUACUCUGCCGGCUCUAAUGAAUCGAAACAACUAGGUCACGAAAAGCGUGGAUCAGAGCCAGAAAAAUUAAAUAUUCUGGAGACCCAAAUUAUCAAAUUGGUUGCCUGUGGAGAAGCAUUUACAAUUGUUCUGAAUGCAGAUAAUCAACUUUAUUCUUUUGGUUCAAAUGAUAAAGGGCAGUUGGGCUAUAGAACACAAGGCAAGAAAUUCAGUGAAAGACCAAGGUUUGUGAAACCAUUCAACCAGUAUUUUCAGAAAGUGGACUUUCAGAAUACAGUAUACCCUGCUUAUCAGUAGAAUACAGUUACUCUGCUCAAAGUUACACUGCAGCUUACAGUCACAACUUUAAAAGCAACAACUAUAAGCAGGUCCUACUGUAUGUGGGGGUCAUCAAGGGGGAUAGAAAUUUGCCAUUUCAUGCAAUUUUCAGUUAGAAUCUGUCGUUCUGAUCACUCCAACAAAAAUUCUGUGUCCAAAAAUUGUUGAUAGAUACUGCUUACCAGAAAGACCAAGAUUUGGCUAAGUCUCUUUUUUCAAGACAACAAGGGAAGAAUUAUGCAACUCCAUAAAACUUUAUAAAAUUUUUGUAAUUCAUGCAUUUUCUUUCGAGAAAACCACAUCUGACAAGUGUGGAGAAAUCUGUUGUUCUGUUUUUAAAUUGUCUGUUAUCUGUAAUCCAUGAAAAUUUUCUUA